AUGGAUUCUCGAUUCGACGGCUUCCAGAAGGUUGUGAACCAUAUUGCUCAUUGUCUUCAACGAGCAAACUUCAUUUUCAGCUUUGUCUCCGUUUUCAUUAACAUUUUUCACUUUAUAAUUCUCUCUCGAAAAUCAAUGAGAAGUUCUUCAACGAAUGUUCUGAUGAUUGGAAUUGCAAUCAGUGAUAUUUGCACUAUGCUCACUACGAUCUACAAACACUAUCAACUGGUUGAUAUAGAAAAUCCAGAAUGUGUGACCUCUACCUAUAAAUACAAAAUCUACAUGGAUCUAGUUGCGUGGUCAUUUCACGAUCAUUUCCGAAGAUGCAGCUCAUGGAUGGGAGUACUCAUGGCGACUGUGCGGCUAGUUAUCAUGAAAAAAACGACUGAUAACAGAUAUCAAAACUGGUCUAAACCCCCAAUUGGGUGUUAUCUCACUGCUUUAGUUUUCUGCGUCAGUGCAAUUCUUUCUUCAUUUUAUUCGUCUAGAUACUUGAUAGUCGAGAACAGAACCUUCUCAUUGCCAAUAAAUUGCGCCGAGUAUCAAGAUGUCACCAGUCGGCCUCCAUAUUCUGUGAUGUUGACUCCCUUAUUUUCAUUAGAUAACAUGAUCGUUUUGAGAGUGUAUGUCAUGUUCGAUGCUAUUGUGACAAAGUUCAUUCCGUGUAUUUCAUUCCCAAUUCUCACUGUAUCCCUUCUUCGCCAGUUACGGAAACUUCAUAAUCUUGGAUCAUCGAUUGGAGGAAAACGAAAUGUAGAAAAUGAAGAAAGAAAUGAGCGUACAACAAAACUGAUCGUAUUCAUGACAAUUGCAUUUUUCAUCGCUGAAGCUCCAUUGGGUAUGCUCUAUAUGGACGAUCUCAGAGAAGAAUCCGCAGAUGAAGACGACUUGCAGACAGUUUUCCUUGCUGAAAAUAAAGUAGAAGUCUACAAAAAAUGGUUGAAUUGUGCGAAGUGGAGUCUGAUGAUUAUCGAGGAUCCAGUGCAGUUCUGGACACAAUUCACAAAAAUAACUCAGAAGUGUGAUGAAGAAGCGGAAAUCGAUAAAUUGGGUCUGAUCACUCUGAAGAAUAAAGACGAGGAUAAAAUAGCAAUACUUCCGAGAAAUAACGAUGAAAAACAUACAUUCAUCACUCUGGGUAUCGGGCGAGAUAUCACCGGAGAGCAGAGAUGGAAGCGAAAAAUGGGAAAACUCGGAAAAGAAGUUGAUUUCUACGGUGCUGAUCCGAUGACAGAAGUCAAUGAGGAUUUGUAUCCUCAAAUUGGAAAAUAUUUCCCAUUUGCAGUGGCCAAGAAUCCAGGAUACGCUACAGCUAGCGUUUUGAAGAAUCGACAAUAUGUUAACCAAAGUGUAGUUCAUGUGGAUAUCAACUACUUCAUUGAAAAGCUUCUGAGGAUUGAUAAAAUCGACAACCUGUGGAUGGACGCCGAAGGUGCCGAGUACGAUCUAUUCGAGAUUUUCGAGAAAAACGGGAGUUUCGCCAAGAAGGGAAUCGAAGUGUGUCAGAUUAAUAUAGAAGUGCAUCUGUCAGAAACUGGGCCGAAUCAUUUGAAUUACGAGAGGUUCAUGAAAUUUGUGAAGAUGUUGAUUCGAGAGGAGCAGUUUGCAGUGUUCAGGACAGAAGAAGUGAUACAUAUGAGGAUUUUUUGCAAGCUUCGGAGGCACUUCUUGGAAAUGAUAGGUCCUCUCCUGAUUAUCCUAGCUACACUAUCUUUGGUGGAGUCUGCUAAGUUCACUCCGAAGAAAUAUGAGCUCACCUUGACAACAGAGUUCGGUCCAGAAAACACCUUCACUGGGAAUGUAAAAAUUCACGUAAAUGUCACUGGAUCCGUCAAGGAGUUUGAUUUGAAAGUUUCCAAAGAUCUCAAUGUGGAGAGAGUUGCUUUCUUUCAAGCAAGCUCGAUUAUCAGAGGAAGACCUAAUACCCUCGGACAGGUGAUUUUCGGCGUUGUCAAGAAAGACGAUUCAAUUCAUGUCCCACUUCCUGAUGAGAUAACUUCUGAAUCCAUCAAAGAAGAAGGGUAUAUUGAGGUGGAUUACAAGGGAAAAGUUGGAGAAAAAGGAGCAAACAAAGGAUUGUUCUUGAUCAAUUCAUCUGACUAUGAGACCAACUUGAAGAAUGGAAACGCGAUCCAUCUCUUCCCAAUUCUUGAAGACGUCGCUGCUCCAUUGACUCUUUCUGUCAUUACUCCGUAUCGUGCUGGAGUGGAGACAACAUUGAAGGCUGGGGAGCACGGGAGUGUCCCAGGAAAGGAAUUAAUUUCGAACAACUUCAACAGUGGAGACGAGAAAGUCAAGAUUUCAGACCUUUACUUCAAGAUUAAUUCUCCAACAGCUCUGGUUUUGGAUAGAAACUGA